ACAGAGGCUAGUACUACCCGGGUCGUGGUAAACAACUUCAUUCUCUUCAGUGAGUCAGAAUGUAAAGCUAAAGACAGGGAUGACGAGAUUUUUGUCCGGUGCAAUUUGAUAACGGCCGUCAAAUGGGUUUUAAAUUGGACCUUUAAAUGAAGAAUCAAGGGCCCUGCUAUUACUUAAAAUCGUCAGGGGAUUCCAGGGGGACCAUGUCAACUCUGCCGUGUCAUCGACCCAAUACCAUUUUCUUUCUGUUUGACUCAAAACACCAACAUCCUCUACCGACUCAGUUAACGAUAGUGAUGGUGAGCAUCUGCCGCGGCUAAAGGCAUGGCAGACAAUCUACGACACCAGAGGCCUCGAGCUCCAGAAUCAGAUGCUGGCAGAGCACAAGGGUUCGCGCGAUAACAUAGAGGCAGUGCAAAGAUAAGCCAACGCAGAAGCCAUUAUCCCUUAUUUUCUCACUUUUAUUGGGCCUGGAUUGCAGCCCAAAGCUGUUUUUUACUGGAUGAAGUGUGUAUAUUAUAGUGUAAGUGGUGUCAGCUAUUGAACGCAUUGACUAUUUAAACUUAACUCUUGUGAAUUCAGCCAGCUCAUCAACAAAACACAAUGGCAUCUGAUGACCACAAGGAGACAGAGAAUGACCUGUCAGAACCCCUUCAAGCGGAUGAUGAGUUAUUGAGUCAGUAUGAGGAGGAGGACCCUGCUAGCACUAACUUCAAAUCCAAAAGUUUACCUGCUCUGAAUGACUCAGGCCAGCAAAGCAAGUCCUUGUUGGCCAAGUCUAUGCAGCAGCAGGUGUCAAUAAUGGAGGAAAAGUCCGCUGAAUUAAUCCAACUCCCACAGAGGAUCAACCUGAACCAACCUCUACCUGAAUCCUCCACUAGGACUAAUGUUAACUAUUCCCCUUCCAGUUCUAGUGUGGUGGGGAUGAGUAGUUCAUUUAACACGGAGACACAGGUGAGCAAGCCCAGGAGUAAAAACCCAACGAGGCAAGGCUUCCUCACCUCGAGGUUACCCCUGAUGCGUUUACCCACUAGGAAAUACAUUAAUGCAAUUCUCGAAGACUCUCGCUGUUUUUUAUUUUGCAUGUGCUACCUGACAUUCAUCCAGUCACUGAUGGUGUCUGGCUACCUUAGCAGUGUCAUCACCACCAUAGAGAAGAGGUACAGCCUCCGGAGCUCUGAGUCCGGCCUGCUCGUCAGCUGCUUUGACAUAGGCAGUCUGCUGGUGGUGGUCUUCAUCAGUUACUUCGGAGGCCGAGGGCAGAGGCCCAGAUGGUUGGCAGUGGGUGCGGUGUUCAUAGCCGUCGGAGCAGCACUCUUCUCCUUGCCUCACUUCAUCUCCCCUCCGUACCAAAUCCUGGAGGUGAACUCGUCCCGGGGCAACGAGGGCCUGUGUAUGAACAACAACGGCAGUGGCAAGGACUUCCUGGAUGUGUCUUGUCCCAGAGACCAGGAGGGUAAUGAGCACAACCUGUACGUGGCCCUGUUCAUCAUUGCACAGAUACUGGUAGGCAUGGGGUCGACGCCCAUCUACACCCUGGGACCCACCUACCUGGAUGACAACGUCAAGAAGGAGAAUGCCUCUCUUUAUCUAGCUGUCAUGUACGUGAUGGGAGCCCUGGGUCCGGCUGCUGGGUACCUGAUGGGAGGAGUUCUCAUCGGCUUCUACGUCGACCCCAAGACUAUCGUCAACAUCGAUCAGAGCGACCCUCGCUUCAUUGGCAACUGGUGGAGCGGCUUCCUGCUCUGUUCCAUUGCCAUGCUACUGGUCAUAUUCCCCAUGUUCGCCUUCCCCAAGAAGCUGCCUCCCAGAAACAAGAAGAAGAAGAAGAGGAAAAAGAUCACCCUGGACAACGUGUCCAGCGAUGAUGACAUCACCAAGGAGAAGGCCGACAGCAAGAGUCAGAAGGUUACAUCAUCCAUGGGCUUCGGGAAAGACAUUAAAGAGCUGCCUAAGGCUGCAGUGAGGAUCCUGAGUAAUGUCACCUUCCUGUUUGUGAGCCUGUCCUACACUGCAGAGAGCGCCAUCGUCACCGCCUUCAUCACCUUCAUACCCAAGUUCAUCGAGUCACAGUUUGGCAUCCCGGCAUCCAGCGCUAGUAUCUACACAGGUGUGAUCAUCGUGCCCAGUGCUGGGGUGGGUAUAGUCCUGGGGGGCUACAUAAUUAAGAAGCUGAAGCUGGGAGCCAGAGAGUCAGCCAAGCUGGCCAUGAUCUGUAGUGGGGUAUCUCUUCUCUGCUUCUCUACUCUGUUCAUAGUGGGCUGUGAGAGCAUCAACCUAGGAGGCAUCAACAUACCAUACACCACUGGUCCUACUCUGACUAUGACCCAUCGUAACCUGACUGGAGGGUGUAAUGUGAACUGUGGCUGUAAGAUCCAUGAGUACGCUCCAGUCUGUGGCUCAGACGGAAUCACCUACUUCAACCCCUGCCUGGCAGGCUGCAGCAGUGUGGGCAACGACAGCACAGGAAUCAGGAACUACUCUGACUGUGCGUGUGUCCAGAGCAGGCAGGUCAUCACCCCGUCCUCUAACGGCCAAGUCAACCAGCUACAGCUGGUCAUCGUCAAGACCUACCUGAACGAGAACGGCUACGCCGUGUCGGGGAAGUGUGACCGCACCUGCAGCACCCUCAUUCCCUUCCUCAUCUUCCUCUUCAUCGUCACACUCAUCACGGCCUGCGCUCAGCCCUCCGCCAUCAUUGUCACUCUUAGGUCCGUAGAAGAGCAGGAGAGACCCUUUGCACUCGGAAUGCAGUUUGUUCUCCUCAGGACCCUUGCCUACAUACCUACUCCCAUCUAUUUUGGGGCGGUGAUCGACACAACCUGUAUGCUGUGGCAGCAGGACUGUGGUGUCCACGGCUCCUGCUGGGAGUACGAUGUCACUUCCUUCCGCUUCGUCUACUUCGGCCUGGCCGCCAGCCUCAAGUUCAUUGGCUUCAUCUUCAUCUUUCUCACCUGGUACUCCAUCAAGUACAAGGAAGAGCGUCUGGAGCGCUGGCUGAAACACCUCUCGCCCAUGGACACGGUGAGCGACCUCAUCUGCCACGCCGGGGGACACAAGGGACACGCCCGUACCCGCUCCUGUCCCGUUAAUAUACCACGCAACGAACCUCCCAUCAUCCCCGUCCUCAACAGGGGCCUCAGCAGCCAGAGCUGCCCGGGGAACAGCCUGAAGAGCCUGAAAGCAUCAACCCCGCCGGCCCCUCGCCCUCCCACUCGCUCUCUGGAACAGGUGUCUGCCCGCGUCUGAGGGCAACUCCUACCGCCCUGCCAUCCACAGUCUCUGCAAUGUCUGCCUUUCGUACUCUGGGUUCUCACUCGUAUGGUAUUAUAGGAUACGUUCACACACACACGCACAAGAUGUCACUCAGACAGGCAGCGGUUGGUCAACAUGUAUACAGGAAGACACUGGGAUGGAGACCCCAGUUAGCAAAUCUUCCCUCUACCUAGUAUGUUGGUGUCCUUUUCUCUUUGGUUUGUUUCGGUCAUGGGAGAGAAUGCAUAUCAUCUCUUUAGAAAAGUGCACCUUCGAUACUUCUCGAGAACGAUCGUAGUGCUGGUAUUGUUGCUCCAUUGCUCAGCUUUAGUGUUCAUUCUAAGACCUCAGCAUGACGAGGUGACUGAGCUAAGCAGCUUGGCCAGCGAGCAUAAACUAAAUCCUCUACUAUGCAAGGUCAUUUUCUUUUCCCCUAUUAUUUAAUGGCAAGCUGUAUUAAAAGCACACAUUGAGCAUUGCCUUCCCUUUCCAUACAAUCUGGAAAUGUCAUUCAGUAUCGCCCCAGACCUGCGUGUAAUGAUGAGUGGUUGACUUGGAAAAGAUGUGUCUGGAUACGUUUGGAAUUGGAACCAUUUCUCCGUGGUUACCUCCUAGACAGGCCCACAAAUAUAUCCCUCGCCUUAGUUCUAUUUCAGACAACACUUGGGCUGCAUCCUAAAUGGUAUUCUAUUCUCUAUAUACAUGCAGUGCUAUACAUUUGACAAUGGCCGAUAGGACUUUGGUCCAAAGUAGUGGGGAAUAGGGUGCCAUUUGGGGCUCAAGCUAAGUGCACUCAUGAUGACCCCCCUCAGUGUUGCUUCGUGUGCCAUGGGCUUUACAGAACGAAGGCAUCUUUUGCUUACCGAUCUCUUAUUAACAUGUCUUGUUUCAGACAAAAAUCCUAAUUGAAAUGUGUACGUCCCAAAUGGUACCUUAUUCCCUUUAUAAUGUGCCACUUUUGACCAGGGCAAGAGUAGUGCGCUACAUAGGGAAUAAGGUGCCGUUUGGCACACAUGCAAUGUUUUAACCAACCAGACUCCCUGCUGGCUCUGUGGUGGAGCAGAACCAGACCCCCUGCUGGCUCUGUGGUGGAGCAGACCAGACCCCCUGCUGGCUCUGUGGUGGAGCAGACCAGACCCCCUGCUGGCUCUGUGGUGGAGCAGAACCAGACCCCCUGCUGGCUCUGUGGUGGAGCAGACCAGACCCCCUGCUGGCUCUGUGGUGGAGCAGAACCAGACCAGUGCUGCUUGUGCAAAGAGACUCUGCUGUGCUUCCCAUGAUUAGCUAAUCCACACAAACCAACCACUAUUUCACAUUCGUUAGUCAGUAGUUUAGUAAGUAGCCUCUGUCACCGGCUUUCACCUUACCUUCGAGCGAAGACUAGGAGUCUGGCCAGUAGUUUAGAUUAGUUUAUUAGGUCUGUAACUGGAUGCCUAGAUUAUUUGAUUUACCAACAGCAGGGCCACUUCUCCUAUGUAUUGUGUAACCGAUAAUAAUUAUUAUAAUGUCCAACUACUCACUAUGUCUACGAUAGAGCAUGUCCUACUGAACAACUGUCAAAGUGAUAUCAAUCAUGGCUGCUGAGGUUGUUUGUUUUGCCUUUUGGUGAAGUUUCUUUUGUAUUUGUAUUGUAUAUUUGUAUUAAUUCAAAGGAAAGCAGACUCAUUUCUUAAGCAGUGCUAAAUCAAGUUUAGGGUUGGGAGUUACUAACUCCCACAGCUCAGUAAUCAAUACAAUUACAUGGACAGAGGCGACCUGAUUCUAGAUUAGCACUACUUCUCGGAGACUAGUGAUACAAGCUACCUCUAUCUUCUAUCACUAGCAACAAGAUCGUUGAAACAAGUAGUUAAUGGGUGUAACAUGCAAUAUUGAAGUACAUAUUGCUAUUGGUUUUACAGAGUGGUUGAGGACACCUGCUAGUCAGAUGUGGUAAGCAAUAUUGUAGAAAUACUCAAAUGAAGCUGAUGUGUUUCCCCAAGUGAAAUAACUAGACAAUUAUUUGGUGGAAUAAUCUUAAUUUUUAGCACUUAAAUAUUAGAAGCUAAAAUGAUGUUUUUCUAUGCAUCUAUGUUGAAUUUGGGCAGGUGGAAUAGCACUGAGCCUGUAAACAACACAUUUCACUACACCUAUCCGGUGUAUGUGACAAUAAAACAUGAUUUUUUACUUCCAUGAUACAAUGUGGCUGUUGGUUUAGAGUUAAUAGCUUUAAAACUAUGGGAUAUUAUAACAUGUUACCGUUAGUAUGGAAAGGUACCAUAGCUCUUUAUAGUAAAAUGACUGACAUUGUGAGCUAGAAUAACAGUGUAAUGCAUCCAGUAGUAGUUGUGAUAGACAUAAUUGCUGCAUGUAAUAAUGUUUCAGGACCAGACACUAUUAUUAAUGGAAAUAAGUCACAUAACUCUUAGUCAGACAUUCCAUUUCAUGUGAAAGACAAAGUAGAAUACAUAGAGUAAAUCAGGUGCAUAUUAAUCACAAUUCUAGCGAGACUACAUUUUGCGACAAGAAUUCUCCUAACUUUAGUGUUAUUGAAUCGGUUAGUGAAAGGCUACAGUAUUAUGUUUCUCAGUGCCUACUUUUCCUACUAAUUGAUUGAAGUUGAGAUGUUGCUGAUUCUGAAAUGCUCUUGACUUCAUGUAAUGGAACUCUAUGAUAAGGCUGACUUUGGACUGUGAAGAAUUUGACUCUAGGAUUUUUGGUUGACUUGCUGCCAUCAUUAGACCUUUUCAGCCUAUACUGUACCUAUAGUACCAGGAUGUUUGUUGUAGAAUUCUGGUACUCUUGUGAUCCUCACCGUCAAACCUACUGUUCCUCUGGAGCUAGGAGAGAGGAGCUCUCACUCUUACCGCCCUGUGUAGUGCUUUGUCUUUGUAUGUGGCAUAAAAUAAGGAUUUGACCUGGAUGUCACCAUAUGGACAAUUUCAGGUAGAUUUAUGUUAUUUUUUCUUUCUUUUUUUUGUUUCAGUAUUAUAUUUAUUUAAUUUCAAAUGACAGUGUUUUAAUUACAAGUUAAUGCCUAUGCUAUAUGGUUGACAUCAUAAGAAAGAAAAUGUACAUUGUUUGUGGACACACUGUUUACAAAUUCCUUCGAUACUUGACAUCUGUCAAUUAAAAUUCAGAAAAAUAAAUAUUGAAUUGAAUUGCGA